AUGGACGGUAGCACCUGGAGCCCCCUGGCCACGACCACUGCCGAGCCCCUCAAGGCCUAUGAGCGCAUCCGCAAUGCAGCUGACAUCUCUGUCAUCGUCAUCUACUUCGUGGUGGUGAUGGCUGUCGGACUGUGGGCCAUGUUUUCCACUAACCGUGGGACCGUUGGAGGCUUCUUCCUGGCAGGACGAAAUAUGGUGUGGUGGCCGAUUGGAGCCUCUCUGUUUGCCAGCAACAUUGGAAGCGGCCACUUUGUGGGACUGGCGGGGACCGGAGCAGCUGCAGGAAUUGCCACUGGGGGCUUUGAAUGGAAUGCCCUGGUUUUGGUGGUUGUGCUGGGCUGGGUGUUUGUCCCCAUUUACAUUAAGGCAGGGGUGGUGACGAUGCCAGAGUACCUGCGGAAGCGAUUUGGAGGCCAGCGGAUCCAGGUCUACCUGUCUGUCCUGUCCCUGGUGCUGUACAUUUUCACCAAGAUCUCGGCAGACAUCUUUUCUGGGGCCAUAUUCAUCAACUUGGCCUUGGGCCUGGAUCUCUACCUGGCCAUCUUUAUCUUAUUGGCAAUCACUGCCCUUUACACAAUCACAGGGGGCCUGGCGGCUGUGAUUUACACAGACACCUUGCAGACGGUGAUCAUGCUGCUGGGGUCUUUCAUCCUGACUGGGUUUGCUUUCCACAAAGUGGGAGGGUAUGGUGCCUUCGUGACAAAAUACAUGAAUGCCAUUCCAACUGUGACAUCUUAUGGAAACACCACCAUCAAGGAAGAGUGCUACACCCCAAGGGCUGACUCCUUCCACAUCUUCCGAGAUCCUCUCAAGGGAGACCUGCCCUGGCCUGGGCUCAUCUUUGGGCUGACCAUCAUCUCCCUGUGGUACUGGUGCACAGACCAGGUCAUUGUGCAGCGCUGCCUCUCCGCCAAAAACAUGUCGCACGUGAAGGCCGGCUGCAUCAUGUGUGGGUACAUGAAGCUGCUGCCCAUGUUCCUCAUGGUGAUGCCAGGGAUGAUCAGCCGCAUCCUGUUCACAGAGAAAGUUGCCUGCACCGUCCCCUCAGAGUGCGAGAAAUAUUGCGGCACCAAGGUUGGCUGUACCAACAUCGCCUACCCCACCUUGGUAGUGGAGCUCAUGCCCAAUGGACUGCGAGGCCUGAUGCUGUCGGUCAUGCUGGCCUCUCUCAUGAGCUCCCUGACUUCCAUCUUCAACAGCGCCAGCACCCUCUUCACCAUGGACAUCUACACCAAGAUCCGGAAGAAAGCGUCUGAGAAAGAGCUCAUGAUUGCAGGAAGGUUGUUCAUGCUGGUGCUGAUCGGUGUCAGCAUCGCCUGGGUGCCCAUCGUGCAGUCAGCACAAGGCGGACAGCUCUUCGACUACAUCCAGUCCAUCACCAGUUACUUGGGACCACCCAUCGCAGCAGUCUUCCUGCUUGCUAUUUUCUGCAAGAGAGUCAAUGAGCCGGGAGCCUUUUGGGGAUUGAUCAUAGGAUUUUUGAUCGGGGUGUCCCGUAUGAUUACCGAGUUUGCCUAUGGAACUGGGAGCUGCAUGGAGCCCAGCAACUGUCCCACGAUUAUCUGUGGUGUCCACUACUUGUAUUUUGCCAUCAUCCUCUUUGUCAUUACUAUCACCAUCAUCCUGGCCGUCUCCCUCUUCACCAAGCCCAUUGCAGAUGUGCAUCUCUACCGCUUGUGCUGGAGCCUGCGUAACAGCAAAGAGGAGCGUAUUGAUCUGGAUGCAGAAGACGAGGACAUUCAAGAUGCCCGGGAGGAUGCCUUAGAAAUAGAAGCUUCUGAGGAGAAAAAAGGAUGCUUCAGGCGGGCCUAUGACCUGUUCUGUGGCCUGGACCAGCAGAAAGGCCCCAAAAUGACGAAGGAAGAGGAGGCAGCCAUGAAGCUGAAGAUGACAGACACCUCGGAGAACCGUUUGUGGCGGAUGGUAGUGAACAUCAAUGGCAUCAUUCUGUUGGCCGUGGCUGUCUUCUGCCAUGCCUACUUUGCCUGA